GAGUGUUGGGCGCGUGCCGAGUUUCCCGACCGAAAGAGUGCCCAGGGUGGGUGUGUGUGGGGCGGAAGGAAGGUGUGAAGUGCAUUACGCGGUGCGGCUUUCGGUGCAAGUGUCCCCCGUGUCCCCGCAGCGGCAUCAGUGAUGAUACCUCAGCACAAUCAGGUGAUCAGUAGCGCGUUUUCUCAGAGCGAGAUGGAUACGCAGGUGAUGGUGGUGGCCCAGCAGUACACGGCGGCCGGUGGCGGUGGUGGCGGCAGUCCGACACCACCUCCGCCCCUGUUCGGUUCCCAGAUGGUGGAUAAGAAUUCCAGCACCCCGUACACCGAUGCAACGCAGACGAAAAAACACAGUCCCGGUCAUAUCAAGCGACCGAUGAAUCCGUUUAUGGUGUGGAGCCAGAUUGAGCGGCGCAAGAUUUGCGAGGUUACGCCGGACAUGCACAAUGCGGUCAUCUCGAAGAACCUGGGCCAACGAUGGAAACAGCUAAGUCCCGAGGAGCGCCAACCGUUCAUCGACGAAGCGGAACGCCUCCGUCAGCUGCAUACGCGCGAAUACCCAAACUACAAGUACCGUCCCAAGAAGAAGCAGGUCAAGGGAGGCACCACCCACAAGACUAGCAGCAGCGGCAGUAGCGGCUCGUCACCGUCCUCGUCUACGGCCGGCGGUUCACCCUCGUCGGCGACAACCGGCGGCUCGCCGGAAUCCGUUUCUUCGCCCCACAGCUGUUCCUCGCUGUCCUCGUCAUCGUCCAUCACGUGCUCGCCUUCGACGGGAAAGUCGUCGCCAAGCGUGAAGCGCAACCGCAGCGGGAAGAUCUCGAAGAGCCACUCGGCAGCCACCGGCGGCGGCGGCGGCGGCCUGUCCAAGUCCAAGAAGACCAUCAUUAUCCACGAGAUCGGUCAGCAAACGAUGGCUGCGGUGGCGACGGCCGCUACGGUAACGACGCACGCCGCCCAAGGCGAGCAACAGGACUGUCUGUCCUUCACCACUUCGAAGCUGCUGCCCAACUCGCCCGAGAGUGCCACACAGUACGACGAUCGGUCGCUCAUAUCGCCUGAACCGAACUUCGGAUCGUACGAUACCCCAUCCAUCUUCUCGAGCGAUCUGUUUGACGAAAGCAAGGAUUUUGAUCAGGACAGCGGAAAAGCCUACCUCCGUUUCGAUGAUCGCGUCACGACGGACCUCAACGCAACGAUGGACAUUACCACUGGCGGUGGCGCUAGAGUAGCCACUCCCUGCCAGAGCAGUCCCCAUCCGGAUCUGAAUCAGCUGGUUGUGGAACACAGCAACCACCAGAGCAGCGCUAGUCCGAACCUCCUCCAGCAACAACAUCCCAGUCUGCUGCUUCAUAACAACAACAACAGUCUUCACGUAAACAAUAAUCACCUUCACCAGCACCAGCAGCAGCAGCAAAGCGACGAAUCGGAUGUUAAGCCACUGCUUUUCGGUUGCCAGCAAACCUCAAAGUCCUUGUACUCCGUUGACAACGACGUGGACUGCGUCAAGGCGGAGAAGUAUUUCGAUGACGACGACUGCCAAAGCGAACAGUUCGGGGCUAGCAUGCUGGAGGACAGUUGUCUGGACGUGCCCGGCAUCAGCAGAAUAGACGUAUCGCUUGACCUGGGCGGCCAGAGCGGGAACUCCAACACCGGCGGUGCCAGCGGCGACUGCUUUAACGAAGGGGUCGUAUACAACGAUCAGUUCACACUUACCGUGCAUCCCAACCAUCAGCAGCAGCAGCAGCCGCCGCAGCAGCAUCAACAUCACAACCAAUACCAUCAGCAGCAGCUUCCACACCAAGAUCAUCGCAUUGCGGAGGGCAGCAAUUUGCUUUCGGGCAAUCUGGGCGCACUAGCGAGCUUUAAAGAAAUUACCAACGUCAGUGUCAGUCAGUGUCAGUCACACCUGCAGCAACAGUUACUUCAGUCGUAUCAACUGCUGCCGGGUGAUGUGUCCGUGAAGAAUCUGCUGUGGACCAGCAGUCCUCGCCAGCAGGAACACCAAACGCAGCUUCAUCUGCAGCAGCAUCAGCAGCAGCAGCAACAGCAGCAGCAGCAGCAACAGCAGCAACAACAGCAGCAGCAACAGCAACAGCAACAGCAACAGCAGCAGCCGCAGCAGCAGCUACACCACCAUCACCAGCAACAGCAGCAGUGCCUCACGGGGGUUGUACCCCUCGCCGAUAGUAUGAGCCAGCUAUCGCCUCUUAGCAGCGCCUCAGGCUCCAGCCUCGUCUCGGUACCCAACUGUCAGCCCUCACCGGUCGGCAGUCCCGUGGACGGUUUCAGUGCGUCGGCUGUCGGUGUGGUGCUGGCCGACUGUAACAUGGACGGCAGUAGUCAGCCCUCCGACAACAACCUGUCCAUGCUGGAGGACAUGCUCAGCCAGUCGCACAUGGACUACUCGUUCGAGGGGCUUGAGACGGCGUCUUCAUCGAGCGGUUCGCACCUCGAGUUCAUUACCGAUGAUAAUAGCAUCUUCUUAACUGACUCGAACAAUCUGAUCGGGUACAACGUCUAGAGUAAGCCCAGCGCGCGCGCGGAAUCUUCGGCGGCGGCGGCGGGACUGCUACAAUUACUAGGUUUAAACUCUAUUUCCCACAACCACUCAUGGAACGGCGGGGUGAGCGAACCUUUCCCCUUCAUCCCUGUUUUCAAACGUAACAAGUAAAUCCCUUCUAUUUUUCCAUACAAAAAUUAUUCUACAAUCUAUCCACAUUUACCAUUAACAUUAAUCACAACACACUGCAUACAUUGAAAAUAUUGAAAACUUUCAAACCAGAAACAAAUAAGGCCGCCAUUUGUUUCAGAAACAAGAAAGCUCUUCAACACGGCAACCAAACAGUGGAGUGCGGAGGAUGAUUAAAAAAAUUAAGUGCUUUAUCAAUUGCGGUGUGUGUGCAUGUUCACUUGAAAGGCGAGAUUGAGAGAGAAAGUGAGAAUGAAAGAGUGAGAGAGAACGUGAAACAGAAGAUCCGAGGAAGCGUUCACCGGGCAAUCUGUGGCAAUGGAUUGCUGGGUGACCGGAUUCAUACACUCUAGCCCUAAGAUAUAGAAUACUAAAGAUAAAUUCAGGAAGAAACGUGAACCCGAGUGAAAAGAUGUGUGACUAAGAAUGCGUGUACGCGGCAGGGUUAUAAAACGAAGGGAAAAGCAGAGUGACGGAGGUAAAGGAUGUGCGGGAAUAACGCUGUUUACAAAGCAAAAUAAAACAUAAAUUUACAAAAGUAAAGAGAAUACACACAAAAGCGACUUAGAGCUUAAACACAUAGGUGAACACAAUCGCGAAGAAAGAACGGUUUGCUUCACGGGCACAGCAAAGUCAGAGUUGUUGAUGCGAAAAGGAAGCAAAAUAAGAUAUCGAGACAGAAUUGUGACCGGCGGUGGCUAUCGCUGAGGAUGAUAAAUGUUUCCCGAAUCGCCCUGUCGGAAGGAGAACAGGAU